AUGGCUGCCCGCAACGAUGGCAUUCAACUUCUUUUACAGGCUGAAAAGAGCGCUAGUGAAAAAGUUCUUGGACGUCGUUCCGAAAUCCAAGCACAGAUUGAAAAGCUAACGGACGAUAUAAUCAAAACGCAGUCCUCUUCGGUUAAUAUGCACAAGGAGGACGCUAUUAAUCUGUUAUUGGGUCUGGUAAUGGAGAUUGAGCCUCGUCUGCAUCCGAACUACCGAGUCGGGGCCACGGUGUAA